AAUACCCAAGUCCAAGUAAUUACACAUCAAAAUCAAGAACAAGAAGCCGGCAAGUUUGACUAUUUCCCGGAGAUUCCAAAAAGACAUACAUAAACCGGUCAACCGCCUAACUCAAAAUACAAACCAAAAAAACCCAACAUUUUCCCAUUCUUAAUUUCUGUCGUACGUCGUGAACAGAGUAGAAAAUUGUUCCAAACAGAACAUCCAAAAAGAAAAAGACUACCAAAAUGUGGAAACCAAAAUUAGCUCCUAUGUAUAUUUCCUCAAUAUGGCUGAAAACAUCCAUGAAGUAAGCAGAAAGAUGACUAAUCUCUGCCGGAAAAUCGUUCAUGUGAAUAUAAGGUGGAAGAUAUUUGAUAAAGUUUCAAUAUUUAGAGAGUUUUUUCGUUUCAUUUGGGAAAGAAUUUUGAUUUGCUCAACUGGCCGGAAGCCGGUAAGAAAGUACCGGCGUUUGUCUCGAAGAGCUGCAACUCCGUCAAUGGAGGAAAGUGAAGAGUACUACGGUGAAAAUGAUCCGUUGACUGCAACUUGUAGUGGGUAUGAUAGUGAUUCAGAUUUAGUUACCUUGAAAAUCAGUAUUUUGGGUGAUUGCCACAUUGGUAAAACAAGUUUUGUGAUUAAGUAUGUAGGGGAUGAAGAAGAAAAGAGAUGUUUGCAUAUGAACGGAUUGAAUUUGAUGGAUAAAACUUUAGUUGUACGAGGUGCAAGAAUUGCAUUUAGAAUAUGGGAUGUGGGAGGUGAUCAUAGCUCACUUGAUCAGAUUCCAAUUGCUUGUAAAGAUGCUGUCGCCAUUCUCUUUAUGUUUGAUCUCACUAGCCGGAGUACAUUGAACAAUGUGAUAGGUUGGUAUAGUGAAGCAAGAAAGUGGAAUCAGACUGCUAUUCCCAUACUAAUUGGGACCAAAUUUGAUGAUUUUGUCCAGCUUCCACCAGACAUUCAGUGGAGUGUGGUGACACAGGCAAGGGCAUAUGCAAAGGCAAUGAAAGCAACUCUCUUCUUUUCGAGUGCAACACAUAACAUCAAUGUGAAUAAGAUCUUCAAGUUUAUCAUGGCAAAACUCUUUAACUUGCCUUGGACUGUCCAGAGGAAUCUUACUAUUGGUGAACCAAUUAUUGACUUCUAGAUUUAGAAUUACUCUGCUCUUCCUACUGCUGCUGUUGUUACAUUCUGUUGUAGAUACAGACCUCAUUUUGACACUCUUUUCUUUUGGCCUUUGCCAGAAAAAGAGAGAACAGGACGAAGAAAAGAGUUGCGCAUUAUUUAACUUGUAAUAUUGCAUCCUUUUCACCCUUUUUUUUUCUUGAUACUUGGUAAAACUGUGGAUUCAUAAGGAGUGAAAGUUGAAGGUAAUUUUUAGUA